AUGGUCUUCGCUCGCGUCGCCGCUCAGACUGCCCUCCGUGGCUCGAGGAUGGCCACCGUCGCCAGGUCCUCGUCCCUCGGUCUUGCCGGUGCCCGCCGUGGUUACGCCGAGGCCGUCAGUGACAAGCUCAAGCUGAGCUUCAUCCUCCCUCACGAGGCCAUCUACGACUCGAGCGAGGUCACCCAGGUCAACAUCGCCUCGGCCUCCGGUGACAUGGGCAUCCUUGCCGCGCACGUCCCCUCGGUCGAGGAGCUCCGACCCGGCCUCCUCGAGGUCGUCGAGUCCAGCGGCACCAAGAAGUGGUUCGUCUCGGGUGGCUUCGCCACCGUUCACCCCAACAACAAGCUCGUUAUCAACGCUAUCGAGGCCUACACUCUUGACCAGUUCUCGACCGAGGCUGUCCGAUCGGCCCUCGCCGACGCUCAGCGUGUCGCCUCGACCGCCUCGUCGCCCGAGGCCAAGGCCGAGGCCGAGAUCGAGGUCGAGGUCUACACUGCUCUCCAGGCUGCCCUCUCGUCGCGAUCUUAA